AGUGUCUGCCGUCCACUGUGAUGUUCUAUUAGUGUUAGUGACUCGUGCAGUUGUGUUGUGAGAACUUCCUGACCGUUUAGCCCAAGUUGUCCUCGGAAUCAGUCAAAAUUCGGGUCAAAAACAGAGAACCGGUGCCGGUCUAUCAGAUGGAGAUGGACCACCGAGACAGCGACUUGGAAGGCGGCGUGUGUUCUCCUGACUUCAUAAGCAGGCGGAUGUAUGAAGCUCCUGUUCGGACGACAGAGCUGAGCGAGCUGGACGGAGGAGACGAUGACAGCGAUGAAGCUUCGUCCAGGAGAACUCAUGACACCACCCCAGAACAGGAGGUGCUGACUAAGAUGAAACACGAGAGAGAAGCUCAAGAGGAGCAGCGGGACAUCAAGCCGCCCCUCGCCCCCAUCUCUGCGGCGUCACUGGUGCCGCCCCCGCACUUCUCACUACCCCUGCCGUUCCCGUUCCCGCCCCCGGGCGCCGCCUUCCUGCCCCCGACCAACUACCCGCCUCCGGGCACUCACACGCCGCACACGCCCCACUCCACCUCGUCCCUCAGUUCCGACUCCUCCAACGCCGCUCAACAGACGUGGUCGUUCGAGGAACAGUUCAAACAGUAUUCGUCCAAACACGAGAGUUCGCCCCUAGCAAGUAUCGGCACACCAGAAGAACAAUUCAAACAGCUAUAUGAACUCAGCGAGGACCCAAAGAGAAAAGAAUUCCUGGACGACCUAUUCAGUUACAUGCAGAGGAGAGGCACGCCUAUCAACCGACUGCCCAUCAUGGCCAAGUCUGUGCUGGACUUGUACGAGUUGUACAACCUGGUUAUCCAGAGAGGCGGUCUGGUUGACGUCAUCAACAAGAAGCUCUGGCAGGAGAUCAUCAAAGGUCUGCACCUUCCCUCGUCCAUCACGUCAGCAGCCUUCACGCUCAGAACACAAUACAUGAAGUACCUGUACCCCUACGAGUGUGAGAAGCGUCGUCUGAGCACCCCGGGCGAACUGCAGGCUGCCAUAGACGGCAACAGGAGGGAGGGGCGACGAGGUAGUUAUGGAACUUACGCUGAAAUGAUGCAGAGGAGUCCGUCUCAGAUGUCGCCCCUGUCACUAGUUACAGGUCGUCCUCAGGUGAACGGGUCGGCCCACCACCCGACCAACAACAACCACCUCCCCCAUCAGGCGCUCAUGCCACCCAGUCUUGCUGGACAUGGCGCAGCAAUACCUCCUGCAGAAUUUGAAGCAAGAAUGGUAGAAUAUGUCAAACUGUUAAAUAAGGAACUAAGGACCACAGGAGUAACUCCACCAAAUCACAGACACAACUCACCCCCCACCUCCCCCCCAGAAUCAGCUCUGGCCGCCUUCGACAUGUCCCGGCUCACCCUCUGGAACCUCUACCACAACCAGGGGUCCCCACCAGAGCCGCAGAAGGAACCUAUCAACCUAGAGAAGAGAGAAGACCCUGUCGGCCCUCCCCCCGCCAAGAGACAUCAGCCCGACCCUGCGGAUGAACCUAAGACAGGCCUACAAGGCACUCAUAUCAAGAUCUCAAGCAGAAAUGACGGCCGUGGAGGCAACGACAAUUCGCUUGUGGUCAGUUUGGACAUCAACGGUACAAUGUAUCAAGGUGUUCUUUUUGCGCAAACGUCCCGAAACACUCGUCUUACCUCGUAGACUCGCAUCGGAAACUCUUGUCACCUUAGCUUAGAUUACGAAGUAAUUUGUCAUUCAAAUGUUAAAAUUUACCUUAAUUAUUUUUAUUGUACAGAUCCAAAGAUAUAGAGAGGAUUAUAAUCACUUGAAAGGAUUAUUUUACCAAUAUUUUUUGUACAAAUUCAAAUUACAACAGCCUUAUUUUAUUAAUUAGCCCAAAACUGUUAUAUUACUAGAUUUUUCAAACAAUAUUUGCAAAAUAAUACUAGGAACACCACAGGCUGGUUUGUUAUACACAAUUUUUUCAUUAAAUUAACAAUGAAAAUAUUCAGGAGUACUGUAUAUAUAUAGUAUUCACCUACAUGUUGUACAAUAGGAGAUUCUUUCUCGCUUCUUGUUCAUGAUUGUUGUGAAGUUCUUUACGUAAAGUCGUGAGAACAGAUGUAAAUUUAAAAUGUAUGCACUCAUUGGAUGUAUUACCUUUAUUAUUGGGUUUUAAACCACUUAUGGUUCAGCUAUAUUUUUAGUAAUCAAGCUUCUCACAAGAACAAUGAAUCGGGGCUUUUAUACAUUGACAAAUCUUUGCCUGUAUAUAAAUCAAAACCACUUAAAUACAAUAUUUAGUAGUUACGAUUGCUAUUCAGACAUAAUUUUUGUACUGAUUUACUACAAUUAAGUUGUUGUACAUAGCCUUUGUAUAAUUAGUUACCUUGUAAAUAUAGGCUUCUAAUUUUUUAUGUGAUUGUAGAAGGACUAGGAAAAGUUUCCUUAGUUCCAAAGAUUUUUUUAAUGUUUAGCAACAGUUACACGGUAAUGUGAAUAUUUAUUUUUGUAAAUUCUUUCUUAUUAUUUUAUUUUGAAAAGAUAUGUAAAUAGUUUUAGUUGAUUUUUGUUACGACUGAGUAGUUAAGAAAUUAGCAAAGAGUUAAUUCAUUUUGUGAUUGGCCAGAAAAGAUUUGAUAUAUUUUAUUUUCUGGCAUAACUAAAUACCACAAGAUCUUCUGGCAGUAAAAUAAACAAACUCAUGGAUGGUUUAUUGAAGCAGUCAGUAAAACAAAUAAAAGUAUCUAAUAACCAUGACCAAAUUAACUACAAACAAUUCAUGUAGGGCCUAUUCUACACGUUUUUGUCAAAUUAAGAUUAAAUUACUUUUUCAAAAGUCAAACAAAAUACCAUAGAAUACCUCAAAUUCAAAUCAAAUUAAUGUUAUGGAAAAAAAGUUUCCUUAUAAGUUUUAGAUUCCUAAGCAAUUGUUUUACUUAAGUUUAACAGCCAAUUCAAAAGCAUCAACAGCUUGUAUGAUAUACACCGUAAGCUAUUUCAAGUAUUAUUAAAGCUGUAAAUUUUAAAAAUAUUAAACUGUCCAGCAUACAGCAUUUUUAUUGAUGCCAAAUGUGAAUAACAUAUACUUACUUACAAAAUUAAUAGUGGAACUACAACUCACAAAAUACUUAGCAAACAUAAUAUUUCAAAUAGAAUCUCAAUUGUAUAUUGAAGUCGCAGGUGAAUAAAACUUAAACGACUCAUCUUUGUACAUUAACACACAAGUUAUUUUUUGUGUACGGACCAAUUUUUUCAGGACUCUUGGCUUUGAACAAAGUUCUCACUUUAUUAUUAUUGUAGAAAUGUAGUUUGUUAUUUAUUAGACAUAAAUACACUUAUAUUACAUCAGA